AUGGAGGGGCAGACCCUGAGGGGGCCCGAGCUCGCCCAGGCCGGGCUUCCCACCCAGCAGGGCUGCAGCAUUCAAGAAAAAAUAGACUUAGAAAUUCGAAUACGAGAGGGAAUAUGGAAACUUCUUUCUCUGAGCACUCAAAAAGACCAGAUUUUACAUGCAGUUAAGAAUCUCAUGGUGUGCAGUGCACGGAUAAUGGCUUAUACAUUGGAGCUACAAAAAUCAGAAGAGCAAAUUACAAAUCAGACUGGAAGAUGUGAUGUGACUUUUGAAAAUAAAGAGCGAACAGCAUGUAAAGGAAAGAUUGCCAUAUCAGAUAUUCGAAUACCACUAAUGUGGAAAGACUCUGAUCACUUCAGCAAUAAAGAACGAUCUCAGCGCUAUGCCAUUUUUUGUUUAUUCAAAAUGGGAGCUGAAGUUUUUGAUACUGACAUGGUGAUUGUGGAUAAAACAAUCACAGAUAUAUGUUUUGAAAAUGUAACCAUAUUUAAUGAUGCAGGACCAGACUUUCAGAUAAAGGUGGAAGUGUAUAGUUGCAGUACAGAAGAAUCUUCCAUAACCAAUACACCAAGAAAACUAGCUAAGAAACUUAAAACAUCUAUAAGUAAAGCCACAGGAAAGAAAAUAAAUUCAGUGCUUCAAGAAGAGGAUCAUGAAACAUGCUUGCCCUUCAGUUCUGCUAUUUUUGGUGUAAAGUAUAAUUUGCUUGCUCAUACUACCCUAACCUUGGAAAGUGCAGAGGAUAAUUUCAAGACUCACAAUCUGUCUAUUAAUGGAAAUGAGGAGUGUUCAUUUUGGCUUCCCCUCUAUGGCAACAUGUGCUGCCGAUUAGUUGCCCAGCCAGCCUGUAUGGCUGAGGAUGCAUUUGCAGGAUUUCUGAAUCAGCAGCAAAUGGUAGAAGGUCUGAUUACUUGGAGAAGGCUAUAUUGUGUCUUGAGAGGGGGUAAACUCUAUUGUUUCUAUAGUCCAGAAGAAAUUGAAGCUAAAGUGGAACCAACUUUGAUAGUGCCUGUUAAUAAGGAAACCAGAAUUCGGACAGUGGAUAAGGAUUCAAAAAAAAUACUCCAUAAUUUCUCUGUCAUCAACCCUGUUGCUGGACAAGCUGUAACUCAGAUUUUUGCAGUUGACAAUAGAGAAGAUAUUCAGAAGUGGAUGGAAGCCUUUUGGCAGCAUUUCUUUGAUCUUAGCCAAUGGAAGCAUUGUUGUGAAGAACUUAUGAAAAUUGAGAUUAUGUCACCACGGAAACCACCUUUGUUCUUGACAAAAGAGGCGACCUCAGUCUACCAUGAUAUGAGCAUUGAUUCACCUUUGAAACUAGAAAGUUUAACUGAUAUAAUACAAAAAAAAAUUGAAGAGACAAAUGGACAGUUCCUUAUCAGUCCGCAUGAAGAAUCUUUACCACCUCCUUGGGCCACAAUCUUUGAUGGUAAUCAUCAAAUGGUCAUCCAGAAAAAGGUUUUGUCUCCUGCAGGCGAGCAGUUACAUGAUGGGAAAGGGAAAAAAAGACGAGCUCCCCUUCCCCCUUCUGAUAAGCCUCCAUUCAGCUUAAAAACACAGAGCAACACAAAUCAAUUUGUUAAGGACAACUGGGGAAAAACAAGUACAUCUCAGACCUCACCUUUGGAAACCAAACUAUCAACCCUAAUGCAUCACUUACAGAAACCAAUGGCUGCUCCUCGAAAACUUCUUUCUGCCAGGAAAAACAGUUUAACUGAUGGUGAGCACACAGACACUAAAACCAAUUUUGAAGCCAAGCCAGUGCCAGCUCCAAGGCAGAAAUCCAUCAAAGACAUUUUGGACCCUAGAUCGUGGUUGCAGGCGCAAGUGUAG